AUGAACCCUGUGCAGACGACCCAAGGCCCGCAAAAGAGCAAGCCAUUAGGGAGAGUCAUCUCUGGCAAGAGGGUCCAAGACGUUUGCAAACGAGCGUGGGCUGCGACUCAACUCGACUUCGGUCGGACAAAGCUGGCUAAGCCUUUGGCUCGCUGCGAGUUUAGACAGACGAUAGACUACGUGGAGACGUCUCAGACCUUCUGCAGGAGUCGUCCAGUGACGAAUGAGCUCGGUGGUGUCAUCUACUGA